AUGCACUCAAAGGAUAUUCUGGCAGCGGUUCCCCCACUACACCAGGGUCUUAUUGAGCUGCCCAAGGCCGAGCUGAACCUCCUAGACCUUGUUAUUACUGAUGGCAAGGCCUCCCUCUAUGUGGGUGAGAGGUACUGCUGUGUCUCUGGCUGUGAGAACUCGAACUACUUCUCCUCUACUAACACCCUCCGCACAGCUAUUCUAUAAGGAUAUUAUAGAUAUAUAUAAUGCUAUUUAUACUAGCGAUGAUAACUGUCCCCCCCUCCCUAUUAAGGAAAAUAGUAUAGUUAAUAUAACGCAGAUAAAGAAAAUGGUUCGAGAGCUUAGCUACUCGGUUCCUUGUGAGGAGUAUAGAGUUAAAAAUAAUUCUAAGAUGUGCUGCUAUAAGGACUCGAAGCUUACCUACGAGCAUUUCGAACUGUUUGCUAAACCGCGUUAGCAGCCUACUUAACAGGAUAACGAGGUAUAAACCGAACUAGUCACGAACUAGUUCUUGAUUUUCCGGGCAAGGUUGAUUUUUUCUGUAUAGGCAAGGUUGUAUAGUAGUUUUGAUUAUUCUUAAUACCUUAGGGAGUUUAAUAUAGCGUUCAAAACUGAUAUCUCAGAACUAGUCACGAACUAGUUCUUAUUCAGUCAUUAAUUUAAUUAACUUGCCGG